AUGGGUUUGCCAUAUGUGGGAACUCUUCUCAGCAUCCCAUCUCCGUCUCGAAGAUUCAAGCGUGCAACAAACAACCUCACUUGGAUGAAGCAUGAGGCCACAAUGCAUGUGUGCCAGGCAGAAGUGCUCAAAAGCUUCAGUCCAAAAAAACUAACGGUGUGUUCUGAAGUGGUUCACUGUGGCGCUAGCUUUACCGCAGUUACUAAACAGACUCGUCUGCAGCUAAAGAUGUGCGGUUGUGCAGUGUCGGCUAGAGAUGUACUAAAAGAGUGCGAACUCUCCGAAGCACGCUAUCAGGAGGAUCUGCACCUGCACCAGCAUCGAGACUCAGCAGCAUGCCGUGCAGCUAUGCGGGUAGGGCUCUCAUGA